UUUUUAUAAUUUCCUUUUCCUUCUCCCCUCUCUAAAAAAAAAUAAAAAAUUGUUAACCCUAGCUCAGAGCUAAAGGCUAAACUAGAUAUAUGUUGUUUCAAUAUUGCAAACACAAUUCCAAAAUUUUCAACUUUAAUUAGAUUUCCUUUUUAUUGUUAAUAUUUUCUCUUUGGGACAAAGAAGUUUCAUUUGGCCUAUGGGAUUUGUAGAGUACCUUGUCAGUGUUCCUCGGGAUCAGCGUCAGCUGCAGCACUAGCCGGUUUUAAUUUUUAGAUCUUAUGAAGUGUCUCUAGUGUUAUCAUAAGGAGAAAAAUUAAGACUGGGAGAAAUUUAUUUUAUUCUGAAUCUGAAUAUUCAUCUGAAUUAUCUUUGGUAUUAUGCUGAAAGAUUUAUAAUGAAGAGAGCAACGGGAGGAGGAGUAGGAGGAGAGAUAGUGCAAGUUGAAGGAGGUCAUAUUCUCCGGUCUACCGGUCGAAAGGACAGGCAUAGCAAAGUUUAUACGGCGAAAGGACCAAGAGACCGGAGGGUCCGUUUAGCAGCUCACACAGCUAUUCAAUUUUACGACGUGCAGGACCGAUUGGGUUAUGACCGGCCUAGUAAGGCGGUGGAUUGGCUCAUCAAAAAGGCGAAAAAUGCUAUUGACAAGUUAGAUGAAUUGCCUCCUUGGAACUCGAAUCAGGUUCCAAGUAGUACUACUGAAGCUGAUGUUACGGUGUUAGAACAACAGUCGGAGUAUCAGCUUCAAAGAGAAUUAGAAGAAAAUAACCAAAGUCAGGUUAAUUCUUCUAAUUCCUACCUGAUGCAAGGCGAAGAACCACCACAUGAAUCACUUGGUGAUACUAUGAAAUCAUUUUUUCCAAUGAAUUCGGGAACUUCACUUAUGAAUUUCCAAAACUACCCACAUGAGAUAAUGUCAAGAUCUUCGUUACAGAACGAAGAUCUUGGCUUAUCUCUUCACACAACUUUUCAUAGGGCUUCAGCUUCUAGUCAUGAUGACCAUUCUACCCUUUUCUCAAAUCAAAAUUUUGAAGCAAAUUAUCCAAGAAUGGCAAGUUGGAAUAUACUGCCACAAACAUUUUUCACUCAAAAUGCUUCUGCAUUUACUCAAAGGGAACCCCUUCAGUCCAAUUUUUCACACUUGAUUAAUCAUCAUACAAAUUGGGAAGAAAGGCCAUUAAUGAAUGGAUUAAUCCAUCAAGCUGAAAUUACCAAUAAUAGCAGACAUUUCACUACAGAUUUUCAAGUACCAGCUAGGAUUCAUGGCGAACAUCAUGAAGAUCCUUCCUCUGCUUCUCCUAAUGCUCACCACCAUUGACUAAAUGGUUUAUUAAAAGGUUGAUUGAGUAAGUAGUCAUCUCUGAAGAUCAAAUGUGCAUUAUUUGAUAGAGCUGGAACAUGGUCAAGUAAUUUCAAAGAUGUAACUGUAUUUCUUAUUUUUAUAUUUGAGGAUUUUGUCUAUUAUGUUAUGGUGCUAAAGCCUUGUUUGGAUUGCAUAUCUUCCACCUAUUUUGUUUGAAUUGGUUGAGUAAUAUUAUUGGAUACUUAAUA